AUUACUUGGCGAGGCGAGAGGCGAGGCGAGAGCUCAGAGCUGAAGCGCGAAGCGGUCCACGGUCCACCACCGGCGAUUCCGUCUUCUCCGUCGAUUCCGUCUUCUCCUCCGACGCCACACCGGCCCACCGGCCACCGGCCACCGGCCACCGCAAGUUCCGAAGCCACCACCAGCGCAGCAGGUUUUACUUCCGAGUUCUGAAGCCACCACCGAGGCACCGACGCCACCACCGGACGACUCCACUGCCGUGUUGGGACGACUCCACUGCCAGGCGCAAUUCUCAUUGUUCUUGAUUUUGAAGUUAGAGUGAAGGAUCUAUAACAUGUCUGUAACACUCUUUAGGGGGAUACAAUUCUAUCCUCUUAGGCAAUACAAAUUCCCAUAUUUUUCUAGAAAACAUGCCACUUUGUAUUGUACUUUGGAAAGAACAGAAACCAAUACUACAACACAAGAAAAGCAACAGACCAAGUUGAAAGGGUUGCCAAAAAAUCAAUCAAAACCACUUGAUAACAUUUUGAAAGAUUAUGAAUCAAUCAUUGGUAUAGAAACCCAUGUGCAGCUUUCAACUCUUACAAAGGCUUUUUGUGGCUGCCCGUAUACGUACGGGGCUCCCCCAAAUACAUACAUUUGCCCCAUUUGCAUGGGUUUGCCUGGGGCAUUGCCAGUUUUAAACUCAAAGGUUAUAGAAUCUGCCAUUAAAGUUGGUCUUGCACUCAACUGUAAGCUUUCUCUGAGCUCAAAGUUUGAUAGGAAGCAGUACUUUUAUCCGGAUCUUCCAAAGGGAUACCAAAUAUCACAGUUUGAUAUACCUAUUGCAAGUGGGGGUUAUCUUGAUCUAGAUCUGCCGGUUGAGUUUGGUGGGGGACAUAGGAGAUUUGGCAUUACAAGGGUUCACAUGGAAGAAGAUGCCGGCAAGCUGCUUCAUACUGAUGGUGGGAGUUAUUCUCAGGUUGACUUGAAUAGAGCAGGGGUACCAUUACUUGAAAUUGUCUCUGAACCUGAUAUGAGAACUGGAAUUGAAGCUGCAGAGUAUGCUGCAGAGUUGCAACGAUUGGUAAGAUAUUUGGGAGUGAGUAAUGGAAAUAUGCAAGAAGGGUCACUUCGUUGUGAUGUCAAUAUCUCUGUUCGUCCAAUUGGACAAUUAGAAUUUGGUACAAAGGUGGAAAUUAAGAAUUUGAACUCAUUCUCAUCGGUAAGUAGGGCUAUUGAUUUUGAGAUUUCAAGACAGGUGCUUCUUCAUAGCCAAGGCCAGAAUGAUCAAAUUGUACAAGAAACUCGUCUCUGGGAAGAAGGUUCUCAGAAGACAAUUACCAUGAGAAAAAAGGAAGGGCUUGCUGACUACCGUUAUUUCCCAGAGCCUGAUCUUCCAGGAGUUACUAUCACUCAAGAUUAUGUUGACAGUGUUUGCAAUUCAUUGCCUGAACUUCCAGAGAUGAAACGGCGGAGGUACGAAAAAAUGGGAUUAAGCAUGCAAGAUGUUCUUUUUCUGACUAACGACUCCAAUAUUGCAGAGUUUUUCGAUGCGACAAUUGGUAGAGGUGCAGAUGUAAAACUUGCUACUAAUUGGAUGAUGGGUGACAUAGCUGCAUAUUUGAAAAAUGAAAAGUUAUCCAUCAAUGAGAUUAAACUUACUCCUCAAGAACUCAGUGAGCUCAUUUCUGCAAUCAAAGGGGAGACUAUCAGUGGAAAGAUUGGGAAAGAGAUAUUGUUUGAGAUAAUGGCCAAGGGUGGAACUGUCAAGGGGAUGAUAAAAGAAAAGGAUUUGGUUCAGAUUGUAGAUCCUCAAGAGAUCGAGAAAAUGGUAGAUAAAGUGAUUGCUGACAAUCCAAAGCAACUAGAGCAAUACCGUGGGGGUAAAACUAAACUUCAAGGCUAUUUUGCUGGUCAGGUGAUGAAGGAAUCGAAAGGCAAGGCAAAUCCAAAGAUGUUGAACAAGAUCCUAUUAGAAAAGUUAAAUGCCAAAAGAUGAUGCUUUGUCCAGUAGCAGCCUUGAAUAAUUCCCAUUGUAUUGUUGUGAAGCAGCAAAACGGUGUUGGUUAGUUGCUUUAUAGAUUAGCUACUCUCUUCAAUCUUGAGAUGGAAGGAUUGUACAACUUACACUUUGCCUUUAGUUAAGGAGAUAACAAAGAGAGUCUAGGUUGAUUAUGCUUUUCUUUAUUA